CGCCUUUGAUUGCGCCAGUUAACAUCAGGUUCAUUUAUACUUCACAUAUCGACUCUGUCAUUUUCUUAAUAUCAGACAAAGUUGUACACAAAGCUCAAUCAAUUUCAUUCUCUUCUCCUUGGAAAUGCAGUCUCUUGCCAAGGAUUCACCACUUGCCAAAUCCCAUUAUCCCUCUCGUUUCAUAACCAUCCUUAUAUUAUCAUCAUCAUCCUUUUGUAUCAUUUACCUUCUUAUAUCAAUCUUCCUAGUAGGUAUUUCAAAGGUGGCACAUGUAGGUUCUUCUUUAGAGGAUUUUAAUGCCCCAACAAAUCUCGGACACGUUGUUUUCGGAAUUGCUUCGAAUCAGAAGUCAUGGCCGAAAAGGAAAGAGUAUGUUAAGCUAUGGUGGAAUCCACAGCAAAUGCGAGGAUGUGUUUUCUUGGAGGACAUGCCGCAGGAUGAUGCAAAUGAUACUACUUCUUCUCUUCCUCCUGUUUGUAUCUCUGAAGACACCUCCAGAUUUCGUUAUACUUUUAGGAACGGUCUUCGGUCAGCAAUCCGUGUGGCGCGAGUGGUUUCUGAAACAGUGAAGCUCAAUCAUUCUGAUGUUCGCUGGUAUGUUUUCGGGGAUGAUGAUACGGUUUUCUUCACGGAGAAUUUGGUGAAAACUCUGUCCAAAUAUGAUCAUGGGCUGUGGUACUACAUAGGGUCUAAUUCAGAGAAUUUAGAGCAGAACAGAUAUUUCAGCUUCGAAAUGGCCUUUGGUGGGGCAGGAUUUGCUAUCAGUUAUCCACUUGCAAAAGUUCUGGCCAAGGUUUUUGAUUCUUGUACUGAACGAUAUCCACAUCUCUAUGGAAGUGAUUCCAGGAUCUCUUCUUGCUUGGCCGAGCUGGGUGUUGGAUUGACUCGUGAGCCUGGCUUCCAUCAGGUUGAUCUUCGGGGUAAUAUGUUUGGUUUGUUAACUUCACAUCCCUUGUCACCAUUAGUGUCUCUCCAUCACUUUGAUGACUUAGACCCAAUCUUCCCUAACAUGACCACUAUAAAUUCACUAGAGCAUCUCUUUAAAGCUGUGACUGUGGAUUCCCAAAGAGUUUUGCAAAAAACAGUCUGCUAUGAUCGAUGGUUUUCUUGGACUAUCUCAGUGGCAUGGGGUUAUGCUGUUGAGAUCUAUGGAAAGCACAUAUUUCUGCCGGAUACUCUUCCUGUCCAGGUCACAUUCCAGAAAUGGAUAAAAAAGGGCUCACUUCUAGCAGGAGCAUAUACAUUUAAUGUAAAAGAACCUCACCCUGAUCCAUGCCAAAGACCAACAAUUUUCUUUCUGGAUCAUGUUUCUUCUAGUAGGGAUGGUAUCACUACUCAUUACAAGAAAAGUUACACGAAUUGCUCAUAUGACAAGGCUUCACCAAGGAAACUAGAAGAGAUCAAAGUGUUCUCUCAUAAGCUUGACCUUAGUGAUAAACAGCUAUGGUCUCCAAGGCGGCAAUGUUGUGAUGUUUUACGUUCUUCAGGUAGCAAAACAAUGGAAAUUGGAAUUAGAGAAUGCAAGGAAGAAGAAUUAAUUCACAUGCAUCCGUAAUUAUAAGCCACUCAUUUAGAGUAUAGCUUAAUCAUUUCAGCCAAAUCCAGGCUGGUGAUGCAGCUUAUGACUUUUUGUCAAUUUUGAUGGGGAGACUUAAUUUUCAGAGUUAAAGCAGAGGGUUUAUGGUUAUGACUUUUCGAGAGGUUCAAGGAAGGGUAACAUGGUGCUGCUCAUAGCUAGCCUUAAUUUUACAUGAGCUUACUUCAACAAGCAAGCUAGAUAGCUUUACAAUAAAUACUAUAGUCUUGAGAUCCCCUUUUGUAGUAUUUUGUGUGUAUAAGUUUAUUGCAUCUUGUACAAAGAGAAAGACAAAUAAAUAUAUGAAGAACCUAGCAUAUAAAUAGUGAAAGAUAAAUAAAUACUAGAAGCCUUCCAUACACUAUGAAAUUGGGCUAUCAGACAGCAGAUUAACCCAAAGUAGUGAACGAAUUUCAUUAAACUCUUGUACCUGCAUAAGCAUUACAUUCUUUAAUUAUUAAUCCAUGUUAAAUUCUCGGGUCCCUAGGAA